UUAUUAAGGAGACAUUCAUACGAGCCGAGUCCGCUCCACAUAGCAGCUGUCUCCGGAGCACGUGGCGGUUGCGAUCCAGUCCGGGUCUUCCGGCAGCCCAGUCCUCGCCACUGAACUCCAACCCCCGCGCUCUCUAUCAGCAUCUCAUUCCUGUCUCAAUAUGUCUCAAGAUGGCGGCCAAUGCAGGAUCGAUGUUUCAAUAUUGGAAGCGCUUUGACUUACAACAACUACAGAAAGAGCUAGAUGCCACCGCCACACAGCUUGCCAACAGACAGGAUGAGAGCGAGCAGUCAAGAAAGAAACUCAUCGACCUGAGCCGCGAGUUCAAGAAGACGACUCCAGAGGAUUUACGGAAACAGGUUGCCCCUCUGCUGAAGAGCUUCCAAGGAGAGAUCGACGCCUUGAGUAAAAGGAGUAAAGAAGCAGAGGCCGCCUUCUUGAACGUGUACAAGAAAAUAAUUGAUGUCCCAGACCCUGUACCUGUGCUGGAGCUGGCUCAGCAGCUGCAGCUGAAGCUCCAGAGGAUGCACGACAUUGAGACAGAGAACACCAAGCUACGAGAGACACUGGAGGACUACAACAAAGAGUUUGCAGAAGUUAAAAACCAAGAGGUGACCAUCAAGGCCUUGAAGGAGAAGAUCCGCGAGUACGAGCAGACUCUGAAGAAUCAGGCGGAGAACCUGGCCCAAGAGAAGCAGCUCCAGCUACACAACGACUAUGCAGAGAAGGAGAGGAAACUCCAGGAGAGUCAGGACUCCAUGUCUUCAAGGUUGAAAGAGGCUGAACACAAGGCGCAGUCCCUGCAGACAGCACUUGAAACAACUCAGGCCGAGCUCUUUGAUUUGAAGACAAAGUAUGACGAGGAAUCCACGGCAAAGGCUGACGAGAUUGAGAUGGUGAUGACGGACUUGGAAAGAGCCAAUCAGCGAGCGGAGGCGGCACAGAGAGAGGCGGAGGCGCUCCGAGAGCAGCUGUCAUCGUCUAACCAAUCCCAGCAGCUCAGCAGUCCCACCAAGGCCGACCCUGACUCGGAUCAGGCGUCAGAGGUGGCGUCGCACUCGAACCUGGAGGCGGAGCUCAGGGCCAAAGAAAGGGAGACCGCCCAGCUGGUGGAGGAUGUCCAGAGACUGCAGGCCAGCCUGACCAAACUCCGUGAGACCACCAACUCCCAGAUCUCCCAGCUGGAGCAGCAGCUUAGCAGCAAGUCUGCCGUUCUCAAGGAACUGGAGGAGAAACUGGAAAGGCAAGCCGACUAUGAGGAGGUCAAGAAGGAACUAAGCAUCCUUAAGACGAUGGAGUUUGGAACCAACUCAGUGCAGGACUCGUCCAAACCUCUGGAGGUGCUGCUGCUGGAGAAGAACCGGACUCUUCAGUCGGAGAGUGCCGCUAUGCGCAUCGCCAACACGGAGCUGAGCGGGUCAGCCGGGCGGAAAGGGACAGAAGAGUCCGCAGCGAAGGAGGAUGCCGUCAACAGCGACCCCUCUCUCCCUUCAUCCUCCUCCUCUUCCUCUCAGCACCACUUAUCUCGCGCUCACGUAGACCCCCUGAACGCCGCCGCCGUCAGCAGCGAAGCCCCGCCCUUCACCCCGACGGGCAUCGGACAGGAGCUGUACUCCCCUGUUUUCCCCCUGGUCGGCAGCAAGAUGGCGCUGAACUCUCUGAUUCAGCGGCAGCUCCUCCAAACGUUCUACUCCAAAGCUCUGCAGGACUCGUCGGGGAUCCACAGCGGCGCCCUGCUGUUCACGCCCUUCACCCCGGCGCUCAGCUCCCUCCCUACCUCCAACCCCGGCUCGGCCUCGGCCGCCGUCCCGCUGGCGGCCAGCAGUCCCCAGCCGCCCCCUGCCAGCCCCGACAUGGCUCCCGUCAACGGGAGCGGCACGGCGGGCGGCGCCCCGUCGCCAUCGCCCAGCCACUCGGACGCCGCCACCGCCGGCAGCGGCGUCCUGGACGGGGAGGACAUGGACACGGCCGAGAUCGCCCGGCAGGUGAAAGAGCAGCUGAUCAAGCACAACAUUGGCCAGCGAGUGUUCGGCCACUACGUGCUGGGACUCUCUCAGGGCUCGGUCAGCGAGAUCCUGGCCCGACCCAAGCCCUGGAACAAGCUGACCAUCCGGGGGAAGGAGCCCUUCCACAAGAUGAGGCAGUUCCUGGCCGACGAGCAGAACAUCCUGGCGCUGCGGAGCAUCCAAGGGCGACAGAGAGAGGGCUCAGGCCAGCCCCAGCUUAGCCGAGUGUUUCAGGACGCUCCGAAGCGGAGAACCCACUCCGAUACACCUUCACACACAGGUAACAUCACGGCUCGCGUCCGCACCCCGGAGGCGGGCUCGGACGAAGCCAUCAAGUCCAUCCUGGAACAGGCCAAAAGAGAGCUGCAGGUGCAGAAAGCUGACCUGUCCCACGCUCAGCCGUCUUACACGGGGCUAAAAGGAGGGGGCGGAGGCGGCGUGGGAGGUGGCGGGGGCAGCGGAUCGGACGAAGCAAUCCGCUCCAUCUUGGAGCAGGCGCGCAGGGAGAUGGAGGCUCAGCAGGCGGCAUUGGAGCCCAUCCUCAAAGCUUCGUCUUCCUCCUCCGCGUCCCUGUCUCAAAGAGACAUCCUGGGCUCGUCUCUCACCGCCCCGCUGCCGCCCUACAACCCCCUGGCGCUCUCCCUCAAGAAGCCGCCGAGCUCCCACUUGUCCUCGCCUCCAUCCCCGUCUCCAGUGCUGGACUUCAGCUCCGGCGGGAAGAGAGACGGCCGGGCUUCCUCAGGGAUUGACAUGUCGGCCGACGGCGCGUUCAGACUGGGCCGGCCCUCGGAGUGCUCCGGCCGCUCCGGGAGUGCCGUGGGAGGGGGAUACUGGAGGGAGCAGUGGUGGAGCAACAUGCACUCGGACCACCGGAGGGCCAUGUCCAGCCAGGUGGGAGAGGACAACCACAACCAGGAGGACUCCAAAGAGGGAAUAUUGAGCGACACUUUAACUCGACACAAACCUUGGAACAAGUUGAACCAGAGGAGCAGGGAGCCGUCAUACCUCCGCAUGCAGACGUGGCUCAACGGCGACCAGGCGCAAAACACACACGUCCCGCAAGCCCAGAACCAAGCAGAGGGGACUCCCAAGACGUCGGCGAGCUGCAGCCCCGCUCCCGAGUCGCCGCUCAGCUCGGCCGAGGAGUCCGUCAACGGUCUGGCCGGGGACCCCCUCGCCUCGCAGUCCUCCAGCCUCAAGCCGCUGUCUGAAGACCCCUCGGGUGGGGAGUCCCAGCCUGGCACACCGCUGCCCAUACCGGGCCACUCCGGCCUCAGCAUCCAGGAGAUGGUCGCCAUGUCUCCCGAGCUCGAUACGUACGCCAUCACCAAGAAGGUUAAGGAGGUGCUAACUGAUAAUAACCUCGGUCAGCGACUGUUCGGGGAGACCAUCCUGGGUCUGACUCAGGGUUCUGUCUCAGACCUGCUGGCCAGGCCUAAACCCUGGCACAAGCUGAGCCUGAAGGGCCGGGAGCCGUUUGUCCGGAUGCAGCUGUGGCUCCAGGACCCGCACAGCGUGGAGAAGCUUAUGGACAUGAAGCGCCUGGAGAAGAAAGCUUACAUGAAAAGGCGGCUGAGCUCUCUGAGCGACGGCCACUCUGUGGACGGAGUUUUACCGGGGCCCGAUUACAUGCAGGGCUCCCAGAGCCCGGGGGGCCAGCAGCAGCUGAAGAAGCCCAGGGUGGUCCUGGGCCCCGAGGAGAAGGAGGCCCUAAAAAAGGCUUAUCAGCAGAAACCCUAUCCCUCCCCUAAAACCAUAGAGGAGCUGGCCUCCCAGCUCAACCUGAAGACCAGUACGGUCAUCAACUGGUUUCAUAAUUACAGGUCACGCAUCCGAAGAGAGCUUUUCAUAGAGGAGAUCCAGGCAGCUGGGGGGAUGGGGCCUGGCAGCGAGGGAGGAUCUCCAUCCCUCCGCGGGUCCAAAUCAGGGGAAGGGGACAGCUGCGACGGGACAGAGUCCGAGGGCACAGUGGAGACCCGCCAGGGCCUGGGCGUCGGCCUGGAGGAUCACAGAGGAGCGUGCAAAGACCAGGGCAUGGAGGUAGAGUCCGAGGCCGGGGGCUCCAACGACUCCCCCGCAGAGUUGGACUGCAGCGCCUCGGGCUUGGCUGGGCCGGGCUCCAGCUGCGGGCAGAGCGGACUGGGCAUCUUUGGCCUCACGGAGGCGUCCUCCGCGAGCGCCGCCUCCAGUACGAACGUCCCCGCCAGAAACCCCAGGGACAACAAUCUGCGCAAGAAGAAGGCGGCCAACCUCAACAACAUCAUCCACCGGCUGGAGAAGGCCGCCAGCAAAGAGGACCCGUCAGAGUGGGAGUUCUAGCUCCACCCAGACCGACCCCGGGACCCCUCCCCUCGUCCUUGCCGUCUCAUAACCUCACGACCUCUAACCUUGGAAACCCCUCCUGCUCUGUUCCAGUCGGAGAGCGGACACAGCCAAAGUCAAGCUCAGCAGCCAUUUUUAUUGCAUAGAAGCUUUCCAAAAAAAAAAAAAAACCACAAAUAAAACAUAAAGAAACAAAGUGUGGUUGGCAAAAUCCUUAAAAAGAAGAUUUUACGGAGUACGUAGAAGAACAAAAUAAGAGAAUUGUCUCUCCUGUUUUUUUUUUUUGUUUGUUUUUGUAACUGAAUUCUUUUUUGUUUGUUUUGUUUUUGUACUGAGAAAAAGCACUUAGCCGUCCUGCUGGCCUCUGGCCCUGCUGUACCUCCCCCCCUUAUCACCAGCCACUGGUGCACCAGAACUGGUCAGUCCUGAGCUGAGGGUCUGACCCGCAGCCAGGGUUUGAACCUGGACUCGGUAUCACAGGCAAGGCCUGACACAGCAGCUGUCACAGUGAUUAGACACUGAUAGACGAUAGAUAGCGACAGAAACUCUCUUACAAGAACUCUCACUUUCUUAAAGGAGAUUUUUUUUUUCCUCUUCUUCUUCUCACCUCCCAAGUGUCCACAAACCUCCCCUCACUCAGUGAGACGCCUCAUUUUUUCACACUGUAGAGUGACUGUUACAAACCCUUUGCCUUUUUCACUCACUGCGUGUGUGUUUGUACGUUAGGGGUUGUGUUGGCGUGCACCUGUGUGUGUGUGUGUGUUUUAUGUGUGUGUGUGUGUAUACACCUAAAUGUGGUGCGUACGUCUCUUCUCGGCGGCAGCGUGUUUUCUUUGAGUCACUCCUACGCUCUUUGGAGGGUAGUGGGAAGCCUGCUGGCUGAGCUGCCAUGGUUACUGAAAUAAGACAGAUGAACUUUGACCUGUUCUGUCCCAUAUCCUGUCCUGCUGACUGCCAUGUGAUGGCCAGAAGGAUCGUUUUAAUUCCUCGCAAACAUACGCACUCAUCUGAAGAGGAAGGAAGGAAGGAAGGAAGCGACUUUUUCUUGCCGCCUUUCGCCCCCUUCUUCUUUUUAGGAUGACGGAUGAUCCGUUUUUGAUACUGCAAUUAGGUUGCCAAUAAGAGAUUGCACAGUCUUAUCGACUCUAAAGAAUACAAAAUAGGGAAUUUUAGGAAAGCAUUUUUAAUUAGUACAAAAACGACAGAAAAGAAGAGAGAAACAAGUUACUGCUAGAAUUUGCAACAAAAAGAAAAAGGCAAGUAAAUUAGAACGGAAUAAUGUUGCGUUGUCGAGAUGCGACACGACGUAUCCAUGUAGUACUGUAGCUGUCCGACAUGGCGACGCUCUUCGUGGGUCUCUUGUUGGGGUUUUUUUUUUCCUAGGUUGUGCACACUGCAGCUGUGUGCGUGUUUGCACCACUAACGAAAAAGAAACGUUUUUUCCUCUGUUCACAAACCAUGUUUUUAUAGGCCAAAUCAGGAAGAGUGUGUGUGUGUGUGUGUGUGUAUGUCUUUUUGUGUGCAUUUAUACUUGCCUGCAUGUCAGUCAGGGUUGAGGUCAAUUCACACAGUAAAAUUUUAAGACUUAUAUUAUGAUUCUUGACUGAAAAAAAAACAAAAGAGACGAGUUUUAGCAGAGUUGAACUGCUGAGCUCGAUUAUCAUGUACUUUCUGCUGGUUUUCUGUCAAAGUGAGUUCACUCCAACCUCCCCCGACCUUUGACCCUCUACCUGACCCUUACCGAUUGUGAGUAGUUUCCAGUCUUCUCCAGUCUAUCCUGAAUCCAGGGAUGUGUGUGUGUGUCUUUUUUUGCAUUGAAUUCUACUGUAAACACUACAAACUUUAAGGCAUAUCACUUCCCUCCCUUGUCCUACACAAGCCCUCAGUGCCUGUCAGCCCACUGCCUCCCUCUCCCCCAGAGUGUGUGUGCGCGUGCGUGUGUGUGUGUGUGUGUGUGUAUAAGUUUGCAUGGAUGCACGAACACACAACGUGCUCGUGCGCGAGCGAUCGAGGAGCGUUGGGCGUUUCUAACGAGUGGGGUCAUAUUUCGUAUAUCUACUUGCACACACUACUAGUGCACAACUGACACCCUUCUUUAAGCUGUUUGAUGCGUUACCAUUGCAUUAAUCUUCUCACAAAGUAGUGUAAUACUAUGAUUUACUGUAGCUUGGUUUUAUUGCUAUUUUUUGCAUUUAUAGUUUGGUUUUUAUUCUGCUUAUUUAUAGGUGCUGUAUUUUUUUUUUUCAUUUAAUGUCUUAUCAUAUGAGUUGUCUAUUUUUUAAGGGAUUAUACUGUUCCUGAGGGCAAGUAACAUUUUUAUUAUUAGACGUAUAGACUGCCGGCAGUAUUGGUUACUAUUUACAAAGAUGUACUAGUUCUCAUUUGUUUGUAUAUUCAUGAAUCCUAAAGUUUAGUGUCAUUUCAAUAGCUUUGGAGAUGUGUUUUUGCUACAGUUCAUGCUCCCAUAAGCAUAAAAGCUCUUACCACAAAUGUUAUGCUCUUAAAUUGCUAGCUAGAGAAUCAAAGGACAUAUCAAGAUCACUGAAUAUAUGUUAGUCUAUUUUAUUCUAUUCUGGGAUAAUGAUGUUUUAGUUGUUCUUUUUUUUUUGCUUUGGGGCAAGCCCAACACUAACGCUCAACAGGGCAUGCAGCUCUUUCUUUAGCCAGACUUCGCCCAUCCAUUUAUUACACCCACAUAAUUACCUGGUCUGAAUUUGUACUCUUUUAGUCAACAAAAAAAAAAAGCAAAAACAAAAAAAAAGAAAAAGGUCAAAUGAAAUUACUUUAACUUGAGAACGCAUGCUCACUUGAAAGAGGUCAUAUCUGCCAAAUUGAGAUUAGAGAAGCGUACCAGCGAGCAGGACGAGCUGCGCCAUAUCGAGCAGAGAUAGCCAGCCUAUGAUUAUGCAGAAUUUCUAUUGCAGUUAGCAAACGAAGCACUUAGGAGGAUCUUUUUAUGACUCAAACCUCGGACAGGGUCUGUAAACACUACGACGGAGUACGAGCCCAGGCAUCCUGGGAAGUGUUUGCCUUUUUUUUAUUUUUUAUUUUUUUAUUUAUUAGUUUUUAGGGUAAGGGUUUAAAUUUUUAAACAACGGUUGUAAACCAAGCACAGACUCCUUUUCCGCGUCCGAACACUAAAAACAAUAAGGUGGCUGUGCCUGUGUCGAACACACGACAAACUGUAAUCCUGUCCAAACUACAGAUCUGUGUGACACAAUAAGCUGUUGUCCUGUACAGUUGUAGAUACUGAGUAACCACCUGCUUUGGUCUCCAUACUAAAGCCUUUCUUCACACACACACACACGCCCCCCCCACACACACACACCACUUUUUCCGGACUUGUUCAUCCUGGUCAGCCAACAGGGUCUUUGCGCUGAUGCGUUUGCUGAAAUUGGAUUUUCUAAAACAGAUGCAUCUUGGUCAUUUAAAAUAUGGUUUGAAGGAUUAUUUAUUCAAUUCCAAAAAGUCAAACUCAGAUUUAUUUAUUUUUUCCCACAUAGUGUGAAAUACUUGAGGUGUUUAUUUCUGGCCGUUUUGAUUAUUACAGCUUAUGAAAACCCACAAUUCAGUUUCUCUGAAAAUUAGACUAUUUGGUUAGAUCAGGAGCCAAAUAACUCGUUUAGAGACGUAAAUCUCACUUGAAUUUUUGAAAAGCAGCUUUUUUGACAUAUCUACUCGAGCGAAUUUCUUAUCAUAUUUGAAGUACUGGCAUUUAUUUCUUAUUAUGAUUUAAAGUAAAGAUAAACAUAAUAGGAUAGUUUUUUAUUUUUUUUAAAUCACAUAGAUUCUAACUGAAUGACAAUGAGAACAGAUCUAAAAACGUAUCAGUGGUACUUUUAGUGUCAUUCUUUUCUAAUGUUGCAGGUUAGAAUUUAAAACCUUUUUAAAACAAAAAAAAAACCCUGCUUUUGUUAUAUUUAUUUUAAAACAUUACCCAAUUACUUUUGAACUUUUAGCCAAAUUUAUUAGGAGCGUCUCUUUGGACCUGCAGGUUGCAGAAAUAAGAAUAUUUAGCACAGAAAUACUUAAGAGUAUGUUUGAUCAAGACUACUUUGGCUUGAGUUACUGCGUUAAUGCGGCGUGGCAUGGAGUUCUACUGAGUUGCCAUGGAAACCCAGGUUGCUUUGACAGCUGCUUUCAUAUCAUUGUCCUUUUGACAAUACAGAAACUAAAUGUUGGGUUUUCAUUGGCUGUUCGCUUUGACCUUUAAAAUGAAUCCAAACUCGUUUCAAAUUUACCGAGACGCUGCAGCGACUCUUCCUGCGGACGCCACGAUGUCAGACAUCCGUCGUCCAUAGCAGAUCUUUUUUUUUUUUUUUUUUUCCACACUAACCCAGCAGCCUCUGCAAAAACACGAAGCACUUAAAACCAUCGCCUGUUUUCUACAGCCACCGUUUCAUCCCAAACCGAGAUCAUCAGAUUCGUGCCUUUAUCUGCAAAGCAGGGCACCAAACUAGUGAUGUCACAUGGACAGUUCCAGCUGAUGUCUCACUCCAGAUCCAAGUUUCUUUCUCACAGAUUUCAUUUUUGGUACCGAAAGCGUUUUCUCGUAGAGUGCAAACUGUGGUGUGUUCUCCUGACUGAGCUGCAGUCGUGUUUCAGUCCAGGUCCUCAUGUUUGGCCCUUCCCAACGCCUCCAACAACCCCUUCCACUUCCUUCACUCCCCCUCAAUGCGUUUCUUGUGUUGUACAUAAAACUAGCAGCGAAAAACAAAAGGCCAGAGCAUUGAAUGAAGGAGGAAGCAUGCAGAAACAGCAGCGUACACUGUAAGAACACUGAAUUUAUUCACGGGGCAUUUUUGUUGUAGUUUUUUUUUUUAUCUUUUUUUCGUCUGUUUUUACGUCAGGUUUUGCUGUGACAUUGAUAAUGGCACUACAUGUAUUGAUAAUGACGCGUGCCAAUUCAAAUGGGUUCUUAGGAUGAAUUUAAAAAAUGAAAAUGGAGAAGGAAGAGAGAGAGAGACGGGUGUAAAUAAGGUGCCGAUUGAUUCGCUUUUGUCACAGCGCGCUUCUCGUUCGAUAGACAGGAGAGGAGAGAAGGGACGAUUCAGGACUUUUCCAUGAUCCACAGAUAUUUUUCUACAAAUUUAAAUCAGAUGAUUCUAUACACUGUUGAAUAACAUUGUAAAGGUGUAACAGAUGCUGUAUAUCAUAUCAUGUUUCUGAAGUUGUGAAAGCUUUACUGUAUGAUCUGUUUUUGAAGUAGUAGUUCCUCGUUAGUUGUGAUGGAAGCCCGAACAGCAGCAGCAGCAGCACUGGUCACCAUAUUCAGGAGAAAAACAAUAACAAAAAAAAAAGAGAGAGAGAAACCUCAGAUGUUUUUUUUGUAAAACUUUUAGAAUAUAUCUUAUGAAGUGGGUUUUUUGUAAAGAAACACUUUCUGAAUCAGCGGUGCUGUACUUAUAGCACACUCAGUAAUACAUUUUAUUACAUAGCACAGCACAAUAAUCCUCCUUUUAAGCUUCCCCCCUUCCCCCCUCCCCUCCCGGCCCGUGCGUCCACGUGCGUUUUGUUUUCCCUCUCGCGCUCACGCUGGCUCGUCUUCCGUCUGAGAAACCAUCAUCUCUCGGUUCCUUCACGCUUCAGUGAAGGACUUGGAACUCCGCGGCGGCAAAACAUUUCAAGACGUGAAAGACGAAGCAAAAAAAUAAAUAAAAUAAAGAAAGAAAAGGAAAAAUAACAGCCAAAUAGUGACGUAGUUCUCCGCUUCUGUCGGCAGGCGGUCGACAGAUUUCCGUGUUGCUACCUAGUGUCCGUUCGCUCAUAGCAGGAACCACAGUGUAGUCUGAAAACCAAAUGACCCGGAGGGAGGUCUCCAUCCCCCGCAUAUCGCCCUCCUCACCCCGUCGUCCUCCCUCUUUUGGAAAGCUUUAAGAUGCUCGUCGAGGCUUUAGCAGGUUCAGAGUGUUUCUAGAUGAUUUUUUGUUUUUCUCCCAACACCGCCAUCAACAACGUGGAAGUAAUAAUCCUCAUAACUUCUCCCACUGCUUCUUUUGUGAGUGUGUGUGCGUGUGUGUGAGCGAGCGGAAAGUGUGUGUUGUAGUACAAGAGGCUGCAUGACUGUAAAGGGAUGUUACAAUGUUUUUAUUCUGGGUUUUUUUUUUGUUUGUUUUUUUAAAUAAGUGGUUUCUUCAGCACUUCUGUCACUCCUGAGAUGCUUUUAUUUCUCUGUCCUUCGGGGUGUCCCUCUGUUUGUUUGGUUUUUUUUCCUCAUGUAUCAUUGUUUCUUUUAGCUUUCUAUUUACUAAACGUAUCAUGUUGUUUGUUCUCAGCACUGUAAAACAGUCCCUUCUACGACAUUGAAAAGCAAUAUCACUGUAUGAAACGUUCACAAUGUAUUUGUUAUGAUUGACAUUUGAUUCAUCAUCAUUAUUAUUCACAUGCACCCUAGGUGUGAUAAUUGAAGUAAAUCUCUUUUAUACAAAUAC